UGACUAUAAACGCCAUGCUUAUCGCCUUCAUGGUCACGAAUUCAGAACUUUCAUUGGUCCAAGCACACGUCACAUUCAAACUUCAACCCAUAACGUGCAGAGUAGUUGCAGGUUUAUCAUGAUACCCCACUACAAUACGGAUACCACAAAUCCUGCUAUCUUCCGCCGAUGGCGGAACACGCAACCCCACCUCGGUCCUCACAAAACUAUGUAAUUGAUCUUUGAGUGAAGUUACAACAACUGAAUCGGUGUUUCUUUCGAAGCAACAAGCCCCCUUCGCGAGGAGUUUGCUGUACAAUUUGCGCCAACACAGGCAACUAUACGCGUAGUCAGUUGUCUAAGCCAAUCUCACAACAUCGUCAAUGACCUUUACAAACCCGUAAACCAACAUCAUGUCUUUGCCAUCAACCAUGAAGGCCGUGGUUUUCGAUGGUCUGUAUAAAAUAUCAGUGCAGGAUAGGCCAGUGCCUCAGAUUCGAGAUGAGAGGGAUAUCAUUAUCAAAGUUCAUGCCGCUGGCUUGUGUGGAUCGGAACUUCACAUCUACCGUGGUCAUCAGCCUUCAGAUACUGGCUUCAUCAUGGGCCACGAGUUCACCGGAACGGUCGUCCAGAUUGGGUCAGCUGUAAAGACAAUCAACAUUGGUGACAAGGUCGUUGCUCCCUUUACAGCUUCCUGCGGCAACUGUUUCUUCUGCAACAAUGGUUGCUCAGCCCGUUGCGUUGAGAGCCAGUUGUUCGGCUGUGAAACUCUUGACGGAGGACAAGCCGAGUACGUUCGGAUUCCCAUGGCCGAUGGAACUGCCGUCAAGGCCCCCGGGACUAUCUCAGACCAGGCUCUCCUUCUCAUGGCAGACAUCUUUCCCACCGGAUUCUAUGGUGUAAAGAGCGCCGCAGAAUUGAUCCCUUCCCAGAACAUUCAAGAUGCCACAAUAGUCGUCAUAGGUUGUGGCCCUGUUGGGCUUUGUGCUAUCCUAGCAGCCACCCAUUUCAAGCCUCGCCACCUCUUUGCCAUCGAUAGUGUCGACAGUCGCCUGGAGCAAGCUCGAAAACUGGGUGCAGAGCCCCUGAACUUUGAGACAGAUAGAGCAGGGCUGGAAGCUAGAAUAAAGGAGGUGACGGAAGGACGAGGCGCAGAUAUGGUUGUUGAAGUUGUUGGCCAGUCCCCAGCUUUGAGGACUGCAUUCGAUAUCGUGCGACCUUUUGGUGCUAUUAGUAGCAUUGGUGUCCACAACAAGGAGGUAUGAUACCAGAACAAAAUGCUGGCCAGGGACAGGAGCUAACAUCACAAUGCAGAUUCCGUGGACGGGCGACGAUGCGUAUACGUAUGUAACGCCUUGGGAUGCUUUGUGUAUUGGUCCAAAAGAGAACUGACUGGCUGACCUUGUUGCAGAAAGAACAUUCGAGUGCAGAUGGGUCGCUGCCCAGUCCGCAGCGUCUUUGACGAAGCCCUCAAGUUGCUGGAGCAGAAGCAAGACCAGAUUGGGUGAGUUUUUGAGUUACCGUUGGAGAUGCUUCAACAGCUAACAUCACCCUAAGCUUCUUGUUCGACCACAUCAUGCCGCUCGCACAGGCUCCUGAAGGAUACACUCUAUUUGAGCAGCGUAAGACGCAGAAAGUAGUAUUCACAUUGUAACGCAAAAUACAAGCCCGGAUUAGGAUGUCGACGAUUAGUUUUGUCGAGGCUUGACCAUGCCCUCAUGCAUUAGAUAGUAGACAACCGUGGAAUCGUUAUGCACGAUGGCCAGAAUAAGCCUCUUCUCUCGCGGGCCAUUGCGCUCGAUGGAGUCAAAUAUCUCGGAGAAUCUCUUGAUACACCAUUUCUCUUCGGGAUGCACUGCCAACACCCACUCGAGCUCUGGUGUCUGAUCCAGAGGCUCUCCGGUGGCCCUCUCACGUUCUAGAGCAGCGAUCUGGUCAUCAGGGUGGGUGUAGAGCCGUUUCGGCGGCAAACCUCUGAUCAGAGGUCGCUGAGCUGUCGUUUCAUGGACUUUGAGGGAGACCCAAUCAUGCUGAUAUUGCAGGUUGUAUACAACUGUUGAAGUGACGUUUGAAACCGGGUCACUUGAGGGAUCCAUGUCGAGCAUGAAUAUUGCUGACCCUUAUAUGAUGUCCGCGUGAUGAGUGCCAAGGGAGGCGAGUGAUGAAAUUUGAUACGGAUCAGGACCAAGAGGCAGUGUAUGCGUGGAAGCCAAAUAUGCGUAUGGGGGCGAGGCGCGGCUCUGCGAUCACGAAAAGAAAGAUCCGAGCUUGAGAAAUUGGCGAGGAUUGUCACAACAGUAGCGAACGAACGUUGAAUGGCUGAAAACCCGUUGUAAGAGAGGUUGAUGGAGAUUCUAAACCUUGUACGGAGAGGUAAAGAUAAACUUUUUUUUUAUGGAUCGACUGAAGGUGGAUAGCAAUACCUUUGAAGAGUGGGGAGUGGGUAUAUGCACGUCCGACGGACCUUCAUGAUUGAACGAGAACGAAGUG